AUGGCGCCCGUCAGUGUGCUGUACGUCGCUCCCGGACUGCUGUUCGUCGCGCUGCUGGUGCUGGCGGGGUCCGCGGAGUCAGACGACGGCGGGCCGGAGGGGGGAGAGGAGGAGGACGACGACCACUCGCACGACGUGCUGCACGAGGUGCCGGGCGGGGAGGAGAUGCACCACAAGCCAGAGACCGGAGAGCGAUGGAUGGAUGUGACACUAGCGGCCCAUCUCCUGAGUUUCGGAGCCGUGUCAGAGGUCACCAUGGACUUCAAAGCGAGCGUGCAGUUGAGUAUGGAGUGGCGUGACCCUCGGCUGGCGAACCUGACCGACCAGUCCUGGGUGCCGGUGGACCCCGAGGUGGAGAUCUGGGCCCCCCACGUGGACUUCCGGAACACCAAGGCCAUCAAGAUGACCACGGGCGAGGAGGAGACCACCACGUGGGUUUCACGUGAUGGACUCGUGAAUCGUGUGCAGAGGUUUGACCUUACCGCAGCUUGUGCGAUGAAUCUACAGAGCUUCCCGUUAGACAGGCAAUUAUGCAAGAUUAAACUGGAUGGAUACGAAGACGCGAGACUGCGCUGGGGUUUCCCGUCCCUGUGGUCCCAGACGUCAGCCCCUGUCAUCACGGACGCCACCGCGCUUCACUCACAGUUCAAGAUGACAGGCCUCAGCGUCAAGGCGUACGCCAACUCCUUCCUGCCCAACAUCGCCGGUAAAGGGUGCGUGUACCACAGGAACACCUGUGACUACCAGGACGCGGACCGGUGCCUAACGAACCAGCAGCGAUGUGAGGACGCCGUGGGCAGCCCGGAGUGCGACCGGUGCAUCUACUACAGCGGGUUCUGUACCAACGACACGGACCAAUGCAAUGUGAUCAGUGAGACAAGCAACAAGAACAUCUUCACAUCAGCCGAGAUCCAGCUGCACCUGUCCCGGCGCCUGGCGUACCACCUGCUGCAGAUGUACAUCCCCUCCACCUCCAUCGUCAUCAUGUCCUGGGUCUCCUUCUGGAUCGACGCGGGCGCGGUGCCGGCCCGGGUGUGUCUGGGCGUCACCACGGUCCUCACCAUGACGGCGCAGAGCUCCCGCGCUGCCGGGAUGGCUGAGGUUUCCUACGUCCGGGCGCUUGACGUGUGGAUAGUCGUGUGCCAACUGUUCGUCUUCUCGGCUCUGAUUGAGUACGCCGUCGUCAACUUUGUGUUUAGGUUCGGAGCUAUCUUCGCACGGCGGCGAUCCAGCACAGCCAACGGCAAGGAAUCUUGCAGUAAGUCUGAAGAUGUUGCAUCGUUGAAGAUCCUGGAACCGAAGACAAAACCGGAGGGUACCACUGGGAAGGACAAGGCCCAAAUCAUCGACAACUGCUGCCGCGUGGCGUUCCCCUUGACUUUCGUCAUAUUCAACGCUGCCUACUGGUCCUUGUAUCAGCUUUUAUGACUUAAGACUCCGUAAGAGAUGACUAGCCAACAUUUAAGCUCCAGGCAGAUCCUAGGAAUAGCAGUAUCCAUUGGCCAGAGCGGAUGAGUGACCUAAAGCCAAACUGGACCUCCAAAAAUUGUCACUCCUCCGGCCAAUUGGAUACUGCCUUGCCACAGUAAGAUCUGCUUGGAGAUUACGAAUAUUGUCAUGGUCAGCGUGGGCGCACUAUAUAUACACGGUAGUCUUAGGGCUAGACCAUUCAGAAGGUAAUAUCUACAUGCUGUCUUAAGCUUGUACAGAACAAUAUCUAUGUACAAAAGAAAGCUAGUAACCUUUUGUACAAAACAAUAUCUUAUGUACAAGAGAAAGCUAGUAGCCUUUUAUUCCCGUAUAUAUGACUUUGCGUUGCUACUCGCAACACUGGAAUGGCUCCAACACAAGGAUGUGUAAGGCUUCAAUAGCACUUGAAAUACAAUCGUCGAAUCAACGACAUACUUAUUGUCUUCGAAAUCAUCCCAUUUAUAGAUGCGCAUGAAAAAAUUACAACCCUUUCGGAACUUUAUCAAGCUAGCAAACCAGCUAAUAUAACAAGCUUCCUCGGGCAAAACGUUUUCCAAAUGUUACUUCAGACAGGACCAUCAAGAUGCAUAUUAAAGGAGAAUUGAGAACUAUGUACAGAUAUUUACAAUCCCCAUUGAGGCUGGCCCUCUUGUCACCCUUGGUAUUAAGAAACUGUGAAUACAGACUAACUGUACAUGUAAUAGCUGUAAAACGAAUGGUCUAUGUAGUAAAUAGAUGAUGCAAUAUUCUCGUAUCUACUGGGAAAAUGCAACCUUGAAGAUUUAAUAAACGACGUAAAGUAGCGACGAUAAAAUGUUCCGCCUGCCGAGCCCCGCAGGGCGACGGAUGCUUUCUUUCCGCAGAUAAAACACGAGAUGACAUCGCCGCAGGAAAAAUAACCGCGUCAGGCCCGGUAGGCGCCUUGCAAGAACGGGAAAUUGAGAAAAGUAGCUUGGGGACAGUCUGCCACUUACGAAAAAUGAGCGCUCUUAUCUUAGCUUGCAAGUUCGUCUGCGUUGGAAGGAGUUACUGUGAAGACGGAUUUCAGCUGUAAUUUCUAAGGGGAAAUUGAACUUACUCAACGUUGUGACGGUAAUAGAACCAGUCAUUGCCAAGAAAUAAAUCAUUCCACAGCCUAGCCGGGCAUAAAUGCUGGAUCAAAUUUGCCAGAUAGUUAAUGAUUUCUUUGUGUUGGGAAAUUACAGUUAAAUCUGUCUCCAUAACGGAUGCACUGCCGCUUGGACACCGUCCAAAAGCUGUCAAAGAUAGUUGAAAAGUUUAAACUUUGUUCCAACACUUUUCGGACUUUGUCUUUGUCGGAAUCCGUAAGCAUGCAUAUGGUGACGUCAGGAGUGAAUCAAAAGUGGCAGGAAGAUGUUUAGUAAGCUUAAUGUUAUGGAUAAGAGACAGCCAUAUUUUGUACCCAGACAUUUGAAAAGCAAGUUUCCAGUGUAGCGCUGAAGAUGAAAUCAUAGCUGAUCUGUGUUAAAAACGUCGGCAUCACAGCAUACUGUACUGAAGUAGCUAUAGUCGAGGUAAACUAUGUGACAACAUGUGUCUAUGUGCCUGUCCUAUGGAACAAUAGUUUUAGUACAUGUACAGUAGAUAUAAGUAUUCACGUAUUUAAUAUGCCCAGUGCGUACAAGCUUUGAAUUGAAACAUUGAAAGCAGGUAAGCAAUAUCCAAAUUUCAUAACAUUGAUCGGCAACAAUGCCUAAAGGCAUGUUACUGUAUGAAACUACUUCGUAUGCCAUUAGGAAAUAACUUUGUAUAAAUGUUAUACUGAUGUACACAGGAUGGCAUAUCCAUAAUGUAUAGUAACAAACUAUUUUCCAGCCUAGUAUCCAUCCUAUUGUAGAUUUGGCAUGAAAGCGAUCAGAGCGAACCGGAGCUAAAGUAGGACGGAUAUCAGGCUAAUCAUUUGUGGGUUUAAGUAAUGAUUAAAACACAUUUAAAUGCUAUCAUCUGGAGUAGUUCUUCCAACUUACUUUUUUUCAUUUCCAGCGCC